AGGAGCAAGUCGGGAGUCAUGAGCACAGGUGUAAAGAAGCCUCCGUUAGCUCCCAAACCUAAACUCCCUGUCACAACCAAACCACCCAUCGCUCCCAAACCCAGCUCUCUUUCCCAGUCGUCAGUGGUCUCCCCAACCUCCCCGUCCACUCUCAAGAGGCCCAAACCAGUUGUCGCUCCCAAACCCUGCCUACUCAAAUCCUCAGCCUCCUCUCUGGCUGUUUCACUCCCACUACCCAAACCCACCGAACCAUUUAGUCCUUCUCAGGAGCAAGAAACUCCAGAUUAUAACCUGUUGCAUCUGAACUCCAAGAAUGGGAUUCUAUCGGAGGCUAGCAGAGGUGAACUGGAUUACAUCAUUCCCACAUGCCCAUGUGGGGAGUUUGAGGACUGCUGCCAGUGUCACCCUCAGGAAAAUGGAGACGCAACUGAAACUGGAGCUGAUUUCCACCAAGUGCCGCUGCAGAAUGGGCUUUCUGUGGACGGAUACGUGGACAGAAAGCCACAAGAGAGCAGAGAAAACCAGAAGGGGCUGCCAGCUGUUGAUAAGGUUGAACAGAUUAGCAAAAAGCCGAGGGAUAAACCUCAAAGACAAAGACAUUUAGACAGGGGGUUGGUUAACAAAAAGAAACAAAGGACUGAGGAGCAAAGGGGGGAAGGUUUGGAGACUGGAAAACUUGAGGAAAAUGUUGGAGAGUCUGAAGUUUCAAAAGCAGAUGUGCUGACGGACUUAGACUCUACAGCAACCUGUGAUGUUGCAGGCAACAUCAGCGUGACAAGCGUCGCUCUACCUGAGUCUUCCCCCGAGCACCGUCAGGUAGAAACUAGCCAAUCAUCUCCGACCCAGCCUCAGUGUGUUCUACAAGUUCCUGCUGCUCCCAGUAAGCCUCUGCCAGUCCCCCACCCACGUAAACUGAAGAAGCCAGCCCUGGUGAGGCAGGACGGGGUGGAGGGGAGUGUCCAGGAUCAGGUGGAGGAACAAAAACAAGAGCAUGAGAUGCAGGAAGUGGACGGACAGCAGAGUCCAGCUGUUUCUAUAGGAUGGGGGAGCACGGAGCUCAAACUGGAGGCUUCGGAUUCAGGAGAGGCUGAUGUGCCCGUGCCGCCUCCCCGACAAACCUCCCUCUCACCCCGUCUGCACAGAACUCUCUACCCCUCCCUGAACAAAAACACCUCCCACUCGUUGGACCUGCUCUCGCAGCCUGACCCGGAGAGUACGGCGUUUGAGAAGCGGGAGGUGGAGGAGGACGAGGAGGACACGUACGGCGACUUCGAGAGGUACCCGAUCACUCACAGCCUCCCCAAGCAGAUCCAGCUGGGCUGCCACCCCCCUCUGGCUAACAGCAGGAGAGCUUCCUCGGAGGACUCGCCGAGGACACCACCGAGGAAACCUCAAAGGCACAGCUUGCCAGCACCGCCUCCACCCCCCAUCGGGCCCCCUGCGCCCCCACAUGCCAGCACCCCCAUGAGGGAGCUGCCCGCACCUCCUCAGGAGAAAACCGCGUGGCGCUUCACACGACCCUGCGUGACGUUUUUCAGCCGGCAGAUGCCCACCAGGAGCAGCGUGCCGCCAAAAGGCCGAGUCCCUUCCCUGGGGGGCAAGCAGAGGGCGCAGUCUUUCUCUGCUGCUGACCUGGCAACCCGGGCCCACUCUCAAAAGAGGAGUCUUUCUUUCCGCAAGCUGCUGGAGCUCCGGCUGUCAAUGAAGAUGCUGCCAAAGCUGCUGGCCAAGGGUGGGCAGUCCCUGGACUGCACCAGCCUGGAGACGAACGGGGGGGGGACGAGCCUGCAGCGGCCCACUAGCUGCAUCGAGGACACUGAUAUUUGCGAGGAAGGCAUCGAGGGCUUGGUGGAGUAUGAGAACGUGCCAUUGUAUGAGGAAAUCCCGGAGUACAUGAACCUGCCGUUUCACGGAGCCAGGCUGGGGUGGCCCCAUGACCCCGAGGAGGGGGAGUCAGACAUCUACGAGGUGCAGGACCCCUUCCACAGCUGCCAAGACGACAGCGGCUGGCUGAAGGAGGAUGUCCACUCUGAGGAGGAGGAGAUGCACAGUUCAGACGAAGAGGACGACAGCUCCACUUCCAGCAAGGAGCACCUGGACGAGGCAGACAGACAGCAGGAGGAUGAGAUGAAGAGGAAGAAGGUGGUGCACAUCGCACAGGAAAUCAUGAGCUCGGAGAAAGUGUUUGUGGAUGUCCUGAAACUUCUUCACAUAGACUUUCGGGAUGCUGUUGCCAAGGCAACCCGUCAGAACGGGAAGCCGGUGGUGGAUGAGCGGACCCUCAGUCAGAUCCUGUACUACCUGCCUCAGCUGUAUCAGCUCAACAAGGACCUGCUGAGGGAGCUGGAGGAGAGGGUGGCACACUGGAGCGAGCACCAGAGACUGUCGGACAUAUUUGUCCAGAAAGGUCCUUACCUGAAGAUGUACUCCACCUACAUCCGCCAGUUUGACAACAACGUGGCUCUGUUGGACGAGCAGUGCAGGAAAAACCCUGGGUUUGCAGUCGUCGUCAAAGAAUUUGAGACGAGUCCUCGAUGUGCGAGCCUGGCUCUGAAGCACUACCUGCUGAAACCGGUGCAGAGGAUCCCUCAGUACCAGCUGCUGCUCACAGAUUAUCUGAAGAACCUCCCAGAAGACUCGGAGGAUUAUAAAGACACGCAGGCCGCGCUCUUCAUAGUGAAGGAAGUCGCCAACCAUGCUAAUGACAUUAUGAAACAAGGGGAUAACUUCCAGAAGCUGAUGCAGAUUCAGUACGGCCUGAACGGCCAACAUGAGAUCGUUCAGCCAGGCAGGGUGUUUCUGAAGGAGGGGACUCUGAUGAAGCUGUCCAGGAAGGUCAUGCAGCCGCGCAUGUUUUUUCUGUUUAAUGAUGCUCUCAUGUACACCACUCCAGUCCAGUCCGGCCAGUAUAAACUCAACAGUGUCCUCUCUCUGGCUGGAAUGAAGGUGAGCAAGCCGAGUCAGGAGGCCUAUCAGAACGAGCUGAACAUUGAAAGCGUCGAACGCUCCUUCAUCCUCUCUGCCAGCUCAGCUAAAGAGCGAGACGAGUGGUUGGAGGCCAUCGGCAGGGCCAUCGAGGAUUACACCAAGAAGAAAAUCACCUUUAUAUCCAGUCGAAGUCAGGAAGAGGCGGAGGGAGUUGUUGACAGCGGGGCUCCUUUAGGUUCCAAAGCUCCCAUCUGGAUCCCAGACCUGAGGGCCACCAUGUGUAUGAUCUGUACCUGCGAGUUCACGCUGACGUGGAGGAGGCAUCACUGCCGCGCCUGUGGGAAGGUGGUGUGCCAGGCCUGCUCGGCCAAUAAGUACUACCUGGAGUACUUGAAGAACCAGCCGGCUCGCGUGUGUGACCACUGCUUCAUCAAGCUGCAGGAGAACAGCGACCGCUGCGCCUCCACGUCCACAUCUCCGAUCAAAUCCGGAGCGUUCUCCUUCACGAGGAAACAAAAGAAGAUUCCCGCUGCUCUGAAGGAGGUGUCCGCCAACACGGAGAACUCCUCCAUGAGCGGCUACCUGUGCAGGUCGAAGGGCAACAAGAAGCAGUGGAAGAGGCUGUGGUUCGUCAUAAAGAACAAAGUGCUGUACACGUACGCCGCCAGCGAGGACGUCGCAGCGCUGGAGAGCCAGCCGCUGCUCGGGUUCUUCCUGAGGGAGGAGAAGAACGGGCCGGCCCAGAAGCUGCAGUUCAAGCUGUACCACAAAAACACGCUGUUUUACAUCUUCAAGGCCGACGACAUCCCCACCGCACAGAGAUGGAUCGAAGCAUUCCAAGAGGCGAUGAUUCUUGAACAGUGACGACGUGUUCGGUUCACAGCUCGACCAUCGACUGGGGGUCGGAGGUCACCAGCUCAGGAAGGAUCCAGGUGGACGGAUUAUUAAAACCUGUCUUUGCCCUAAAAGACAUUUUC